AUUACUAGCAUACAGGCAGCGUUUGAAUGCAGCUCUCCCUUCCCUCCCUCCCUCCCUCCCCCCAACACCCUUUAAGAAACCCACAUGGCUAAUGAACUACAACACCGUCUUCAUGUGUCCUCAUUGGUCCGCAGGUGAUUAAACAGGAUUGGCUGUAAGUAGCUUGCGCAGAAAGGUAAAUAUUACGGGGAAGUGGGAGAAGCCUCUUCAGGGACACCACGGGGGGAAACAUGAGCUAACAGGGACACUUACACAGCCGUCACACCUCUCGGAGUCUUUGGUUUGGAAGUGUGUCGACUCUUAGCAGACAUGGUGGAGGUAUUUACCGGGCGGACACUUCUUAACAAAGACGGUGAUUUCGUCGAGCCCGAUGAGGCGCUGAGGAAUAAAGUGGUGGGGAUCUACUUUUCUGCAGGAUGGUGUCCGCCGUGUCGAGACUUCACACCCAUCCUGUGUGAUUUCUACACGGAGCUGGUGGAAGAGAGCGAGCCUCCUGCUCAGUUCGAGAUAGUUUUCGUCUCCUCCGACAAGUCGUCCGAGGACAUGGUUGAGUAUUACCACGAUAUGCACGGAGACUGGCUGGCUCUGCCCUGGACGGAUGACUACAAACAUGAGUUGAAGCAGCGCUACAAGAUCACAGCGGUGCCCAAACUGGUGAUUGUGAAGGAGAAUGGCGACGUGAUCACAGACAAAGGCAGGAAACAGAUCAGGGACCGAGGCCUGGCCUGCUUCAGGUCCUGGUUGGACGCUGCAGAGAUCUUUCAGAACUUUAAGGGUUAGGAAACGACAACGACAACGAGAGGGAAAAUGUCGACCCAUCUCUUCACGUGGGCUCCUGUAGCCACAUUAGAGAGCUGAACAAAACAAAAGUCAAAGUUUCGCUUUAGCAGUUUAGUGGUUCCCAACCCGGAGGUGAAGUAUCACAAGAUGAUUAAAGGGAUAUGAAGGAACAAAUUAUAUUGCUGUUGCACAAAAUUAUGUUUAUUUAUUCUGACUUUUCUCUUUAUUUUACAGUCAAAUCCUGGAUACUUUGUUAACCACUCUGAAAUCUAACUGUGGUUGUCGUGCUUUGAUGAGGGUAGAUAUCAACUUGUUUUCUAGCCAAAAAGGUUGGAAAACACUGCUUUAGUUGCUGAUUUUUACCUUUUUAACAUGCUAUGCAUUUAAGACAAAACCUCAGGCGUGUCCAUUAAGGUUCACAUGUGAAAAAUGCUCUUGUGUGUUGAGUAUGAGUAAUACAAGCCAGCUACUGUAGUUUCAUAGUUUCUUUAAAAAAAAAAAUACAUGAACAGCUAGUACACAAAGUAAACAUAACAAACGUUGCCCACCUUAAGUAGAUUUCCCAGAGAGCUUGCUUUUGUAAAUUUAAGGUUUGACUUGUAGUUCGACUUUGAGCUGCCUGUAUAUUUUUGUAUUUUGUUUUUUAUGAGUUGUUAAGAUGGUUAUUAUUAAAAAAAAAAACAUA